AUGAAGCUGAAAAUCGUGACGAUCAUUUCUUGCCUGCUGAGUCAGUGCCUGGCGAUUCCUAUUGUCCGACUCAAUGGUCUGACGGUCUCGGGCAUCGGCUUUGGUCAAGCACAGACGACACCGUUCCUGCCCUCCUUUGGACUCCAACCGGCUGACCUGGGCUUCCCCCCCCAGCUGGUGCCCUUAAACCCUCAGUUGGCAGGACCCUUCAUGCCACAGGCCCCUCCGGUGCUGCUUCCUGCUCAGACUAACCAAGUGCCCCCAGGAUUCCUGCCCCCCCCCCAACAGGAGCAGCCCGGCCUUCCACUCGACGCCACGGUCGCCCAGCAACCACAGCAAGGCUUUAACCAGAUGAUCCCGCAGUAUUACCCUUCCUUUCCGUAUCCUCAACGGCCUGGAGGACAGGGCUUCCCCUACUAUUUCUCAUUUGGAUACCCACAGUGGAAUCCUUCAUUUGCCCAGCUACAACCAUCCCAGCCCAACGGCAGGCAGAACCUGGAGCAGACGACUCCAAUACCAAACCUCCUGCAGGGAAAUACUAACAGAGAUUUUGGAACGGGGUCAGACAUUACUCCUAGCAGACGUGGAGAUUCUGUAGGCACAGAGGUUCCAAACCCCUCCUUUGUGUUUGAACCAUAGGAUGAAAUAAUGACAGGAACUCUUGGGAGAAAGAUGUUCCCACCAUAACCUGACAACCUUGGUCUGUCUUACUUUAAACUUUAC